AUAAAAACACUUCAUUUGUAAAUGGAGGCUGGUAUUAUGACCUCUGAAGCAACACUUUGAAGCUGCUGCUUUUUUAUUUUACUUUUAUUUUCUUUUUCCUUCUUCUUUUUACUGAACUGAAUUCAUGGCAAUGAAGCGUCUGAGCAGCCUGAUGCUCAAGAAGUGGAAGGAGAAGGAGAGAUGGACGGGGAGGAGGAGGAGUGAACCAUGUGGAGGAAGAGAGGAGCAAGAAGAGGAGGAGGAGGAGAAGCAGAUGGACACAAGAGACAGGCGGACGCAAAGACGUAUGCUGAGGAGGAAGUCUGAACCCUGUGGACAGACAGAGGAAGACAAAAAGGGGGAGGAGAAGAAGAGCGAGAACAGCAGAAAGAAGGAACGCAGGAAGUCUGAAUCCAACAUGGAGGUAGAGGAAAGGAAAGAGAGGAAGAGGAUAGAGACAGGUGGAGGGAAAGAGAGGAAGAAGUCUGCAUCAUGGAUCAUGAUGGAGGACAGAACGGGAGGACAGACAGACAGCACGCAGAGAGAGGCGGACAGACGGACAGCGCGGCGGCGCUCAGAGCCCUGCGGGAUCCUGUACGUCCAAUUGCUUCCUCUGUCCAACAGGAAGAGGAGGGAGCUGCUGCAGAGACGGACGGGGCGCAGGAUGUCCUGCAGCGAGCAGGGGGACACACAGAUGGACAGGAGGCGGGGAGACGAGUUCAGACAGAUGACCCGAGGGAGGUCGGAACCCAUCGGCCCUCUGGACGACACCCACAGCCUCUCUUCCCCUCCUCCCCCUCCUCCCCCCCCUCCUCCCGCUCAUCAGGAGGAGGGGAGUGUUUUCCGUCUGGAGACGUACCUGACGGAGCCGAGGCGUCCGGAGACCAGGAGACUGCGCUCCUUCUCCUCACCUCCGGAUACGGGACCCCGCUGCUCCUCCUCCUCCUCGUCGUGUUUCCAGCCGCUCCCUGUGGCUCCUCCUCUUCCUGUUGGGAGGCUGGUGGAGGUUGCAGACGGCAUGUCGGAGCAGCCAGACCCCGAUGAGGCGGCAUCAGAGGAGUCAGAGAGAGACAUUUACAUGCGCUUCAUGAAGUGUCACAAGUGCUACGACAUCAUCCCAACCAGCUCCAAACUGGUGGUGUUCGACACCACGCUGCAGGUGAAGAAAGCAUUUUUUGCUCUGGUGGCAAAUGGAGUGAGAGCUGCUCCACUGUGGGAGAGCAAGAAACAGAGCUUUGUAGGAAUGUUGACAAUCACAGACUUCAUCAACAUCCUGACCAGAUACUACAAAUCUCCCAUGGUUCAGAUCUACGAGCUGGAGGAACAUAAAAUUGAGACAUGGCGUGAACUGUACCUGCAGGAGACCUUCAAACCUCUGGUCCACAUUUCGCCUGAUGCCAGUAUAUUCGAAGCCGUUUACUCACUGAUAAAAAACAAGAUCCAUCGUCUUCCUGUCAUCGAUCCGGUCAGUGGAAACGCUCUGUACAUCCUGACCCACAAGAGGAUCCUCAAGUUCCUGCAGCUUUUUCUGUGUGAGAUGCCCAUGCCGGCCUUCAUGAAGCAGACUCUGGAGGAGCUGGCGGUGGGGACGUACGCCAACAUCGCCUACAUCCACCCCGACACGCCGCUCAUCACUGCGCUGUCCAUCUUCACACACCGCCGCGUCUCCGCCCUGCCUGUCGUCGACCACAACGGCAAAGUGGUGGACAUCUACUCCAAGUUCGACGUCAUUAACCUGGCGGCGGAGAAGACGUACAACAACCUGGACGUGACGGUCACUCAGGCUCUCAGACACAGGUCCCAGUACUUCGAAGGGGUCAUGAAGUGCAACAAACUGGAAACGCUGGAGACCAUCGUGGACCGCAUCGUGAAGGCGGAGGUUCACAGGCUGGUGGUGGUCGACGAGAAGUCUCGUAUUGUCGGCAUCGUCUCCCUGUCCGACAUCCUGCAGGCGCUGGUGCUGACCCCUGCAGGUCUGAGGAGGAAGGAGUCUCUCCCCUCUCAGCCAACAGCUUUGGACUCAACAGAACCAGAGACAACGGGAAAACCUGGGUUAGACCAGAAAAAGGACCAGGACCAAGGACUGCAACUUAGUGCAGUUAUAGAGACAGAAUGUAAGACUGAAACAGACCAGGACCAGGAACUGGAUCUGACUACAGAAACAGACAGUAAAGCUAAACCAGACCAGGACCAGAACCAGAACCAGGGACUGGAGUUGAGUACAGAGACAGAGAGUAAAACUGAACCAGAUCAAGAUCAGAACCAGGUUGAGGACCAGGGACUGGAGCUGAGUACAGAGACAGAGAGUAAAGCUGAACCAGAUCAAGACCAGAGCCAGGCUGAGGACCAGGGACUGGAGCCGAGUACAGAGACAGAGAGUAAAGCUGAACCAGAUCAAGACCGGAACCAGGCUGAGGACCAGGGACUGGAGCUGAGUACAGAGACAGAGAGUAAAGCUGAACCAGAUCAAGACCGGAACCAGGCUGAGGACCAGGGACUGGAGCUGAGUACAGAGACAGAGAGUAAAGCUGAACCAGAUCAAGACCGGAACCAGGCUGAGGACCAGGGACUGGAGCUGAGUACAGAGACAGAGAGUAAAGCUGAACCAGAUCAAGACCAGAGCCAGGCUGAGGACCAGGGACUGGAGCCGAGUACAGAGACAGAGAGUAAAACUGAACCAGAUCAAGACCGGAACCAGGCUGAGGACCAGGGACUGGAGUUGAGUACAGAGACAGAGAGUAAAGCUGAACCAGAUCAAGACCGGAACCAGGCUGAGGACCAGGGACUGGAGCUGAGUACAGAGACAGAGAGUAAAGCUGAACCAGAUCAAGACCGGAACCAGGCUGAGGACCAGGGACUGGAGUUGAGUACAGAGACAGAGAGUAAAGCUGAACCAGAUCAAGACCGGAACCAGGCUGAGGACCAGGGACUGGAGCUGAGUACAGAGACGGAGGGUCAUCCUGAACAGGACCAGGAGCAUGACCAAAUCCAUAACCAGGACCAGGAGCUGGGUGAAGGAACAGAAACAGAGACAGAUGUAGAGACACAGAUGGAGGAGGAGACAGCAGCAGGAGGAGGAGAGGAGACGGAGGGGAAGGAGGGGGAGCAAGAGCAGGAGGGAGGAGAAGGAGGGGAGGAGGGAGUGGCAGCGUGACAUCUUCACCUGCUGUCUCUUUGGACUUUGUUGCGACUCGCUACACUCAAGCCACUCGAGUCGCUCACCACAGAAGAAGAAGAAGAAGAAGAUGGACAGGAAGGGGCCUGACAGAAGGCUGACUGGUGAUUUGCUGGGCGGCUCUUAGAGGCUGCUCUUCAGUGAUUGGACAGGUGCUUUGGAAGUGGGAGGGACAGGUGGGUGAUUGACACGUGCUGGAGCCAAUCAGGAACCUCUGAGGAUCAUGCUUUGUUUUAAGUUUUAUCACAAAAAAUGAACUCGAAAAGUUCUGUUUGGUUCUGGAGGAGUUUCACAGGUGAAGAUUAGAAACAAGCUGUGGCACUGAUCCAUAACAAGACAUGAAAUAACAACAUGAUAUCUUCCUGAGAUGACUUGUCAGUAAAGUUCUGCUAAGAUUCCUCCCAGUCACUGUUUUUGUCGUGGAUCCUACAUUACCCACAAUGCAGCUGGACAAGAAAACCAUGUCUGACUUCACCGUGUGCUGCUGCAUAUGUGCUCGCAUAAAACAGAUUCAUCUCCAACAGCUAGUGGUGCAGCCCUCCAUUCCCACAGUGUCUUCACAGGAAGCAACACAGCAACGUUCCUCACUUUAUCAUCACUUUAUCAUCACUUUAUCCUGCUGGUAUCAGCCGCUUCACACAACAUUUCCUGCUCUGGCUGCUUCGCAUCAGAGACUUCAGGUGGACACGGGGUGGCAUUCAUGGUGCAGGAGCCACAGGAAACAUCACCACUUCCUGUUUGCAGUGCCGAUUUGAUCAACACGCCCCCAAAAUGGAGGGCGUGUCCGUGCUGUCGUCAUGGUGCCUUUCAUUUAGCCACAGUUUGUGAUUGGUCGAGAGAAAAUUUUAAAUCUAUUCAGUUGUUCUUAAAGUAGUUUUUAACUCCAGAUAUCACUGAAACCCAAUUUAUCUGCUGUGCCCGCGGGCUUAAUGAUCCUCAUAUCUAAUCAUAUUGUUACGAUAUGAUGUAAAGAUCGUAUGUAUCAUGUUUUAUAGAGAUAUGACAAAUAAAAUCAGAAAUACUGUUCCGUUAUUUUGGUGUAAAGUUUUAAAUAAAUCUGUACAAAGAUAGAUUUUAUUGUUAAGUUCACGUAUUUACAGUCUCUAGUUGUGUUCACAUGAGGGUUUGUGUUUCACAGUUAGACUGAAGGGGGCGCUCACACCGGGCGGUUUGGUACGUGUUCAGUGUGAGCUUCUCCCGACAGGCGAACAUCAGCUGCUCGCGAUGUAAUGAUUUAAAUCUUUAAUUCAGAUCAGGUGGGUCAGUUUCCUUCUGUUUGUUGCAGCCUGUUGGAGUUUCUGUGUGACCUUCAUCAGGUUUUUAUAAAUGUCCUGUUAAUCUGCUGCUGUUCAAAACAACAAAUAAAUAUAUCUUGAUUUCCCUU